AUGCACCCUUGGGUAGCCAUCCUGGGCCUCCUACUCCUUCUGACAGAUGGUGUAACCUCUUACCAUCGAGUGACUGGAGUAGCGGGUCAGUCUGUCAGGCUACCCUGCUCAUAUACUGGAGAAAUCGCAAUCACAUGCUGGGGAAGAGGGGCAUGUUCUUUGCUGAGCUGCGGAAGUAACAUUAUCUGGACUGAUGGAUACAAAGUCAGUUUUCAGAAGGACAGACGUUAUCAACUAAAAGGAAAUAUUGGUGAAAGGGAUUUGUCUUUGACCAUAGAGAAUACUGUCCCAUCUGACAGUGGCUUGUAUUGCUGCCGUAUUGAGAAAAGAGGGUGGUUCAAUGAUAUAAAAAUCAUUCAAGAGUUGAGUAUAAGGCCAGCUCCAACUACAACUACAACAACCACAACAACCACUACUCCAACAACUACCACCACUACCACUACUCAAAGAACAGGAACCACCAUUACUCACAGAAAAAUGACCAUGACUACUACACCUCGAAGAGAAACAACCCAGUCUAUUAUUCCAACAAUGACCAAGACUAAUCAAACAAAAACUACUACUCCAACAACUACCAUCACCACUACUCCAAUGACAACCACCACUAUUCCAAAAACGACUACCACUACAACUGCAGUAACAACUACCACCACGACUUCAACAAUCACGACGACCCCUGUUCCAAUGACAGCGAAGGCUCCUACCUCUGCUCUUCCAAUGGCAACACCCACAGAGGACUCCCAGCCAGUACCUUGUUUAUCUUCCCCAACGCAGGCUGCAGAAACCAAGCCUACCACCCCAUAUGAAACAAAUAAAACUUGCUCACCAUCGUACUCUUGCUCAACAGAUGGGAAUGACACUGUGACAGAGUCUCCAGAUCCUCUUUGGCAUUGCUAUCAAGUUGGGCUGGUAAAAGGUCCUUGGAUGAGCACCAACCAGGGAGUCUCCAUUGGAAUCUCUGUUGCUCUCUUGGUAGUAUUGCUCGUGUUUGUGGUAUUCUGGAUUAAAAAAAAAUAUCUUUGCCUGGGUAGCAAGGUGGAGCUACUACGUGUGAUUCCCUUGAAGGAGUCUCAUGUUGGAGCUUUGAAACAUGCAGCUCUGAAGCCUAUCCAAGCAGAAGAUAAUGCCUACAUUAUUGAUGACUCUCACUAAGUCGUGGGCCCAGAUUCCAAGGCAUUAUGUAGAAGACAGUGCCCAGAUAUCACCAUGUCAGAAUCCCUCAAGUAGCAGGACAAUUUUUCCAUCAGUUUCUGAUGACAUUCCACGGAGUCAAGAACAUUGGGUAGAGUGAGUCUAGAUCAUCUAUGCAUAAUCAACCUCUGUCACACAGUCCUAAUUUUUUAUACUAAAACUGAGUCAAUCUUUCUGGUCAUUGCAGAAAUCUCUCCAAAACAUGAAAGGUACACUUUAGAAUUGUACAUUCUCUUUAGACCCUAUGAAUCCUGUUAUCCAUCAAGAAUUCUCAUUGGGGAGACAGAAAACACACUUCGACCUUGGUUAAUAAAGCUGUGGAGAGGAGCUGACCACAACUUAAAAUCAGCAAAUUUAAUUUGGUACUUAAAGGACUUAACAUGGAAGCAUUUCAUGAUUUUUUUAAAUUGACUCCAAAUGUUAUAUUCCUUAGGACAUCAAGGGUUUCAAAUCAUGGGAGUGUACAGGUAUCUAUUUACCCAUUGGGAAAAUAGAAGUGAAUGUGAUUUUGCCAUUAUAGGUAGAUCCGGUUUCUCAGGGCUCUGGAGAUAGAAGGCAUUAAGUGCUUUCCCUGGGACCAGAAUGGUAUUUUAGCAGUUAGAAGAAGGUAGGGUAGUGAGUGGUCCUUGGAGACACCAGGGUAAGAAAAUCAAUUGUCAUGUGAUUUACACUGUUUCGGCUGCAUUGGUGCUACAAUUCUAGGUGUUUAUGUAGACAAUUGGUAGGCUCUGAUGGAAUUUUUAGAAUGAGGCAAGGCAGAAAUAAAUACAAGGAAAGAAAAGAGGGAGGGAGUAAUAAAAGAGGCUUUCUGUUUUGGAAAAGCCAGUUUGCAAAUAUAAUAGUCUUCUUUGAUCAUGUUACCAGUUUCCACCAAAAGGCUAAACGUCCUCAAACCACUUCAGUUCUUAAAAUUAUAUUGGAAAGAUAAAGGGUCUUUUCCAUAUAUAAUCAA